AUGCCUCACGCGACAGGCGGCGACAGAAUGGACGACGACCUCGCCAACGUGGCCAAGUACGUGCGCGACUGGAACGAAGACGCAGAGUUCGAUCGCGCCAUCGACCAGACCGACAAAGCGGACGAUGCCAUCGACUACGAGAGCUUCAGUGACGACGAUCUCCCAGAAGAAGAGCAGGCGACCAACAACCUCGAUGAUGACGAUCCCCUCGACUCCAUGCUUGGACAGCAAGCGCCCGAUGGUGUACCUGGUGUGCAAGCGCAAGCAGAGCAACCGCGCACCAACGGCUUUCACAACGACCAGAGCAUUGACGAAGAGGAGGACGCUGAUCUCUUCGGCGAGUCUACCGAGCAGAACGAUCUGUUCCAAGAGCGCAGCUCUUCUCCAGAACAGCUCAGAACUCACCCGCCUUCGAUCGAGCGCCCACAUCAGCGUCCGGGCCUGGCGCUUCCUAGCAAGAAGUCGCUUGCGCUACCUGGCAUGAACCAGGGCUACCGGCCAGUGCAACCACCACAGCAGCAGAGUCCGCAGUCGAUGAGCCCACCAUCGUUCUUCGACGAUGGCCACUCUCCCGAGGCUAGUGAAGACGAAGAAGAUGACAUGAGCGACGUGGGUGACCUCAAGGAUCCAGAGAACAUGCAAAAGUACCUCUUCAAGCUUGCAGCGCGGAAGCAAGCUGGAGAGGCAGUUGACGAAGAGUUUGGCGAGAUCGACAUGGAUGUCUUCUACAGUCUAUACCCAAGCUUUGAGAAGAACCAGAAUCCGAACUUCGUCGAGCUCUUCCCUCCGCGGCCUGGCCGAUAUCGUGGCAAAGCUCCUCUUAAGCCACCGCGUUCCAUUGUUCCUACCAAGCUCUCGCUCGACUUGAUGGCCGAUCAGGAGAAGGCGUUCAGGGCGCAUGCUGCUGCAAACAAGGUGGGCGAUGAGGCGGCCUCGAAGCCUGGGCUUGUCAACCUCAAUCUGGGCUCGAACGCACAGGACGACAGCGACGAUGAUCACGACAUGAGUGUUGUUGAUGAGAAUGAGCGCAUCGGCAAUCUCACCAUGCAAGACCUUUCGAUCAUCUGUGGAGACUGGGACAUUCCAAGCGUUGCUGAUAUCUCUGAAGGCGAGGCUCUGGAUGGCGAGUGGGAAGCCGCUGAGCGCAGCAGACCGAACAAGAAGCGAAAGCUUUUGGAUGGCGACUUCUCUCUGGCUGUGCAGGAUCCUCAUCUACUUUUCGAAGAUCCAGAGCGUGCCACUGCCAAGCUGGCGAAGUCUGUUGCCCUGGACCUAAACGACCAGAAUCUGCUUGUCGACGAGCUUCUGCCUCAGCGUAAACGCAAGUCCAUGUUCGACACAAGGCGCGGCAAUGCUCUCAACAGGAGCACAGUCAAGAGGUACAACAUCAGCAAUGAUGAAGCGUACGAUGCUUUGAAGGAGAACCACCAUCACAAGGUGCGGAGCACGCUUGGUGCCAUGGCGAUUGAGCACAGUCUUCCGGCUACAAAGCUGCAAUUCCCGUUCUACAGAGUCACACUCGACGGCAAAGCAAAGAGGGCGUUCCAUCGGCCCAACUUGGACGUACGCGAUAGCAGACUGCGCGAGUUCAGGUUCCAGAGGGCGAAGCACCUCAAGCGCAAGAACACCCGAGGUCGCGAGACGAAAGAACUGUUCGGCAAAGCUGAAGACCUUGGCUUGGGCGACAAUGCCAACGUCCUGCUUCUGGAGUACUCUGAGGAAGCGCCGGUGAUGCUGUCGAACUUCGGCAUGGGCAGCAAGCUGCUGAACUACUAUCGCAAGCGAGACGCAGAUGACCAGGAGCGGCCAAAGCGCGAUAUUGGAGAGACCAACGUGCUCCUUACGCAGGACAAGAGUCCCUUCUCCAACUUCGGCCACGUCGACAAAGGCGAGAUCGUCCCUACCAUCCACAACGGCAUGUACCGCGCGCCUAUCUUCCAGCACAAGCCCAAGUCAAGCGACUUCCUGGUUGGUUUGAGCAGCAGCUACGCAUCGGGCCACAAGUUCUACCUACGGAACGUGGAGAACUUGCACACCGUUGGCCAGCAACUUCCGACCACGGAGGUGCCGACCAAGCACUCACGUCGUGUCACGGAUGCUGCGAAGAAGCGAUUGCGGGCUCUCUCCUACAGGAUGUACGCCAAAAGCGUUGAUCCUCUCCGUCCCAAGAAGGCGAAGGCUCUCAACAACGAGAACCUGAUGCCACAUUUGCCCGGACACGACAUGCCUCAGACCCGCAGCAAGAUGCGAGAGUUCAUGAAAUACGACAAAGUGGCAAAGGACAGUGCCGGCACCUGGAUCCCCCACCCGGGUCAGGUCGUUCCUGAUGCCGACACGCUUCGCAGCUGGAUCAAGCCUGAAGACGUCUGUGUGCUCGACUCUAUGCAAGCGGGCGUUCAGCAUCUGCAGGACUUGGGCAUCCCGGACGACAAGAACGACGAAGACGACAAGGAUCUGGACGAGGGCGAGCAUAUCGAGAAGCAGCUUGCACCGUGGCGGUCGACGAAGAACUUCCUUGCUGCUUGCCAGGGCAAAGCCAUGCUUAAGCUGUAUGGUGAUGGCGAUCCAACAGGUCGCGGGGAGGGCUUCAGCUUCGUCAAGACGUCUAUGAAGGGCGGCUUCAAGAUGUUUGGUGAGAGUGCGGAAGACAAGAUUGCGGCCAAGAAGCGUCGGGAGACUGGUGGUCAUUCGUACAAUGUCGCAGAGCAGCAAAGGCUGUACGACGAUUCUAUCCGCACUAUCUGGGACAAACAGAAGGAGAGUUUGAGUGCUGAGCUCGAGCACUCGGACGGCGAGAUCGACGACUACCACGACGAGCCAACGAGUGCAUACCCCGGCAGAGGUGCGACACCGCGGUCGUCGUUCGCCACUCCCGCUGCAUCCAGCCGCCUCGAAGACGACUCUGCCAGUCAAUUUAGUAGAGGCAGCGCCGGUCGUCGUGGCGAGAUCCUGGAGAUUACCCGCAGGGUCAUCGACAAGUACGGCGAGCCGCAGCUGGUUACGGAGCAAGUCACGAACGCGAAGGUCAUCUCACUGUAUCGCAAGAAGCAGCUGGAGAAGAAGCUGGACACUUUGAAACCGGAUGAGAUGCAGCCAUCCAACGACGCGGCAUGGAACGCCGCGCAAGCGAAGGCCAUCCAGCAAGAGAUCUUCCGCCUCGAGCGCAACGCCGAUCGCCGCCAGGCGCGCGAGAAGCAAAAGGGCAGGCAAGCUGCUGGCGCCGCCGGCUCCCCCACCGGUGGUGCUGUUGCGGGAACCACCGCAGCAGGCUCGCCCGCGGCGCAGUCCGACGCGGCCGACGGCAAGACGCCGCAGAAGGGCCAGGGGCGCGGACGCACGAAGGACGGGACGGCGCGCAAGUGCGCGAACUGUGGGCAGGUGGGCCACAUCAAGACGAACAGAAAGUCAGUAUCGUUCAGUUGUCUCUUUUGCGCGUGCAAGGAUUUCGAGGAGUUUCAAGGCGGCAAGAAGCAGGGGACUCCUUCUAACAAGGAGAAUUCUGCUGUGGAUGCUGCUGCUGGUGCGGCUGCGAUGAGCAGUUAUUCGCGGUUCGCGUUGCUCUGUCCGAUGCUCAACGGGACGCUGAAGCCGGAAGAUGCGCAGAAUGGAGACAGCUCGUUUGGUGCUGUGCCUGCGCCUUUGACGCUGUGA